AUCCGGCUGAACCCUGUUAAAACUACAACCAUAUUAUACCCUUUAAUUAAUUGUUUUGAGGUUUUAGUGCACAAUAUAGGUUGGUAAUUGACGUGGGUAAUUGGUUGGUGUCAUGUUAAUUUCAGGGCUUCAAUCAUUUGAGAUAAUGGCAAUCGCGGCAGUUGGGAACAACCUGAUAACAUAUGUGAUAAAUGAGAUGCACUUCUCAUUAUCCAAGUCUGCCAACAUAGUGACAAACUUCAUUGGAACCGUCUUUCUCUUGGCCCUUGUUGGUGGCUACCUCUCCGAUUCUUAUCUUGGGAGUUUCUGGACCAUGCUUAUCUUUGGCUUUGUUGAACUUUCGGGUUUCAUAUUAUUGUCAGUCCAAGCUCAUCUUCCGCAGCUAAAGCCACCACCAUGCAACAGCAACACAGCUGUUGGAGAAGACUACUGUGAAGAAGCAAAAGGGUUCAAGGCAUUGAUCUUUUUCGUAGCUCUCUACUUGGUGGCAUUAGGGAGUGGGUGUGUCAAACCCAACAUGAUUGCUCAUGGAGCUGACCAGUUCAACCCUGCAGAUAACCCAAAACAAUCCAAGAAACUCUCCACCUACUUCAAUGCUGCUUAUUUUGCCUUCUCCGUGGGAGAACUCAUCGCCCUCACGCUUCUUGUUUGGGUCCAAACUCACCAGUUUAUCUAGAAAGAAGCAUGCCUG